AUGGGUAUCGACGCUGGAUUUGACAUGGUCCCUCGCCUCUCUUCCGGGGCUGAGGAUCAACAGAAAUGGAAGGAAUUCAUCGACCACGUCAAGGCCGUUUAUGAAGAUGACAGUAAAGUCAAGAUCAAGGCCAACUACAUCGAAUUUGAAGUCGGAGAACAUCCCCUCCUUCCUCUCAAAGGCCACAAGUUUCUACGCUUCAGUUCUAAACUGAAUAGAAAUGGGAACAUAGACGACUAUAUCUCCUCAAUAAUCCACCUUGCUCGCCUGUAUUUCGGCCCUCGUGUUCAGCCAUGGAAUGAUGGAUGUGAUUCAUUUGGCUACUAUUCAUGGAAUGAAGUUAAUGACUCUUUUGAGCUCUACAACAAACCCGAUCCCUCAAGCUCCAUUGAUGUGCCCCUUUUCGAAGUUAGGGAUAUCCCUGGAAAAGGCAGAGGCCUCAUUGCCAAAGUUGAUAUUCCUACUGGGACCCGUAUUCUUUGUGAAAAGCCACUUCUGCUGGCUAACCCUAUGGCCCCGGGCGAUUUGGAAGCCACGGUGGCUACAAAGUUGAAGGCUUUGUCCAAGUCGCAGCAACGGGAGUUCCUGUCCCUUCACAACAACUUCCCCGGCAAAUACCCCUUCAGUGGAAUCGUCAGAACAAAUGCUCUCCCAUGUGGCUCAGGCUCUGACGUUGGCGGUGUCUAUCCUGCGAUAUCCUUGAUCAAUCACAGUUGUCUAGCGAACUCGCACAACAACUGGAACAACGAAGCAGGCCACGAGACCAUUCACGCCAUACGACCCAUCAAGGCAGGAGAGGAGAUCACCAUCUCUUACGACGAAGGAGGCCCAUCUAACGUGCGAAGACCUAUGCUCAAAAAGUCGUUCGGCUUUGACUGCGUAUGCGCUCUAUGUUCUUCACCUCCAUCGCAACUCCAAGCUAGCGACGUUCGUCGAGGGCGAAUCCAACAUCUUGAUGCUAAUAUUGGAAAUCCCUUUUCUAUGAUGAGUGAUCCAAAGGCCAUCCUCAAAGACUGUCUGUCACUACUUCAUACUCUACAAGAGGAAUACGGCAUCUGUGCUGUGCAGCACCACGCCCGGCUCUACUACGACGCCUUCCAGAUUUGCAUUGCGCAUGGAGAUGUCGGCCGGGCUACUACGCUCGCUGAGAGAUCAUACCGAGCAAGGGUCAUUUGCGAGGGUGAAGACAGUCCAGAGACUUUUAGAAUUAAAUCGUUUGCAUUGCAGCCUACAACACAUAGUAGCUUCGGCGCCCUGUCUAUGAGAUGGAAGACUGGUAAAGAAGAAGCAUUGGGUGGUUGUGACACUGUGGAGUUUGAGGAGUGGCUGUUUAGGCAAAAGUCUUGA